AUGGACGAGGACGACUUCUCGGCGAGGAUCCUCGGCGCGACGGCAGGCGCGGCGAAGCCUCUCAGCCUCAAGAGCCUUCUCGAGCAGCCCGUCAAGUUCGCACCGGCGCAGGGGAAGCAGCAGGACGACGAGAUCCCGUAUGAGCCGAUCAACGUCAAGCCCGCUGCCGGAUCAUCCUCGCUUCCGAACGGCACCUCUGCAUCGACCUCGGCCUCGCCCGUCGCCUCCACCUCGAAGCAACCUUACACAAACGGUCUCCCAACUCCCCCUCCCUCCGUCCCUGUUCCUGCCGCCUCAACCUUCGGCCGCGGCUCCUCCCUCUUCCCUCCCAUCGACACCAACACGUCAUGGCCGAAGCAAUACCCCGUCGGCGCUGGGCUCAACAACCUCGGCAAUACGUGCUUCCUCAACUCGGCGCUCCAGGUCCUGCUGCAUACGCCGCCUCUGUUGCGGUACCUCGAGUCGUCGCAGCAUCCGGCGGAGAACAAUUGCAAAUGCAAGCAGCAGAAGGACUUUUGCAUGAUCUGCACCAUGCGAGCAUGCGCACGGGUGUCGUUCUCCCAGCGUCAGCGAAGCUACGCGCCGAACCCGGUCGUCAGAAAUCUGAAGAAGAUCGCCAAGCACAUGCGGCUCGGUCGGCAAGAGGACUCGCACGAGUUCCUCCGCUUCUCCAUCGAUGCGAUGCAGGCCGCCGCGCUGUACGGCAAGUCUCCCAAACUCGAGCAAAAGAUCAAAGAGACCACCUUCGUCCACCAGAUCUUCGGCGGCCGCCUCCGCUCGCGCGUGCACUGCAUCGCCUGCGGUCACAACAGCGACACGUUCGACUCGAUCCUCGACCUCUCGCUCGACCUCGGCAAUCGCGCCAACUCGCUCAAAGACGCGUUGGACAACUUUGUCAGGAUUGACAAGUUGAGCGGGCAGAACAAAUACAAGUGCGAGAAGUGCAAGAAGCUCGUCAACGCCGAGAAGUACUUUGCGAUCGAGGACGCCCCGCUCGUCUUGACCGUCCACCUCAAGCGGUUCUCGCCGACCGGUCGCAAGAUCACGGGCCAGCUGCGGUACCCCGAAACUCUCCAUCUCGGGCCGUACAUGUCGAAUCCCAAGGUCGACCCGUCCUACCGACUCUACGGCAUCAUCCUCCACUCCGGCGGCGGCCCCCACUCCGGCCACUACACCUCCUACGUCCGUUCGUCGUCCGGCAAAUGGCACGACAUGAACGACGACUACGUCUCGUCCCUCGCCCGUCCGCCUCUGUCGGAUCGCGACGCGUACGUCUUGUUCUACGUGCGCGAGAAGGGCGAGUCGCUCAAGGAAGCGAUUUAUGGAGGCUUGAAGUCGCCGCCGAAGGACAAGGUGGGCAUGGCGCUCGUCAACGUGAACGGGAAGCGGCCGCGCGAGUCUGUCGGCGCACCCGUCGCGCGCGACUCGCCCUCCGCACCGAAACGAUCUCGCCCUUCAACCGACUCUGCACCCGCGGCAAGUUCGUCCCCCGCCAUCCCGGUCAAGGUCCCCUUCAUGCCCGGCGCCGUUCCCGCCUCGUCAGCCUACUCCUCUUCGCCUCCUCAAAACCCCUCCUACGCCGGUCCUCGUCCUCCACCCGUCCUCACCGCCCCGCGCCCCGCUCCAACAUCUCCCACCAAACCCUCUCCCUUCCCCGCCCAGACUCACUCGCCGACAAAGACCUUCCAGUCGCGCACUUCGCUGCCUGGACAAGGAGGAGGAGGAGGACAAGGAGGGGGAAAGGUCAGAAUCCCGUUGGCGGGGAACUUGCAGCCGAAGCAUGAGAAGAAGAAGAAGCACGGGCAUCCGGCGGGCAAGUACCUUCCGAAGACGAUCCAUGGCUGA